AUGGGAUGUUUUGCUCUGAAAAGGCUGCGUGAAGCUGCCAAUAGCAAUGACUUGGACACAGUGCAGCAACUCUUGGAGGACGGAACUGACCCCUGUGCCGCGGACGACAAAGGCCGGACAGCCCUGCACUUUGCCUCCUGCAACGGCAACGAUCACAUCGUGCAACUGCUUCUGGACCACGGGGCUGACCCAAACCAGAGGGACGGGCUGGGAAACACCCCCUUACACUUGGCUGCCUGCACGAACCACGUUCCCGUCAUCACCACGCUGCUGCGCGGAGGGGCCAGAGUUGAUGCCUUGGAUCGAGCUGGCAGAACCCCACUGCACCUCGCUAAAUCAAAGCUAAACAUCCUGCAGGAAGGACUCUCCCACAGCCUGGAGGCCGUACGCCUUGAAGUGAAACAGAUUAUCCAGAUGUUGCGGGAAUACCUGGAGCGUCUGGGGAGGCACGAGCAAAAGGAACAGCUGGAUGACCUCUGCUCCAGGUUACAGAUGACUAGCACAAAGGAGCAGGUGGACGAGGUUACAGACCUCCUGGCCAGCUUCACGUCGCUCAGCCUGCAGAUGCAGAAGAUGGAGAAGAGGUAAUGGGCUUCCAAAUCAUCUUCCUGAUGCAGCAGGAGAAGCCUUAGAGAGAGAAAGAGGAAGCUGAAGCUUGCUUCUCAGAUCGCUGAAUAAACAUUGCUGCCAGCAGCCGUUCCUGCCAGAUCCACUCUCCAGCGGUGCUCAGACUGUCCCUGUGGGUGCUGCCACAGCUGCCUCACGGGGAGGCAGCAGGCUUUGGACAACAGAGACAACAGAGUGCUGCAACUGAGAAUUCUGGAAAAAAAGAGUUACUCUUCUUUUUGUCAGAUGGGCUGGCACUGAAUAGGGUACCCCUUCCAGAGAUACUCUGCCUUCUCCUGAGCACUUCAGCUCGAUGUAGGUGGUGGCUGAUGCCAUGUGCAGUCACCAGCCCUGACUAGUGCCCUCAGCAGCUGGCCAACAUCACAGAAAUGCUUGGAACAGGCACCUUUUGCCACCUCUGCAGUACUCACUUGCAUGGGGGAGAAACUGGAUGAUGCCUUGGACAACAGAAGGCUUUGCGCCGUGAGAAGAACACACGCUUAAUUCUGCAUGCUAGCAGCUGAGCAAACAUACUGCCUUGAGAAACACGCACUGAGGCUUAAUCCUAACCUUCCCCAGAGCCUGCGGUCAGAGGGCAGAGAAUCUGUCUGGUUACAAAUGGGAUACAAAGCUUUUAAUCACUAGACUAACAGCUUUCACUGGCCCUGGUUUUUAAAUCACUGCUGCAAGUUAGUGCUUAAAUACUACAGUGAAACACUUGCAAAAAAUACCCAGGUAGACAGCUAGCAGGUCAGAGCUGCCGUGAUGCAAGAAUAAAGUUUGGGGGGUGACUUAAUCCUAGCGCAGUUUUAGGCAGACAUCUACAUCUUGCAAAAAAACUCACCAUAACUGACUGACUUUUGUGUUUCUUAUUACUGGCAGUCUUGGGCAAGAGGUCCAGUUGCAGUAGGAGGUGUUGUGUAUUCAGCCAUAUUAUUGGGCUGGGAUGGAGGUGGAUUUACAGCUGCCACAGCAGCACCAAACCCAGAGCUGACCCAUAGUGUGUUUCUUGCUUGUCAUGGAGCGGUGCUGCUCCAGGACCUCAAGUGCAGCAUGAGGAACGAGUUGUGACCUCUGUUGGGAGCCUGAAGUGAUGCAGCUAUGAAGGAUGCAGGGAAUUGCCCUUGUUAAUCUCUUGCCUCUGCACCGCUGUGGUUGGUAAUGAAGAUGUAGAUAGCUUUGUUUUGGAGCAGGGAUCCAUAAAUCUUGUUGGUAAGGCACGAAUAGCAGCAGGGUGACAAGAACAUGCCCAAUAACAAUCUGAGUUCCCAGCUGUGUGCCACGCCUAAAUGACGUGGUGUGCCGGUAGCAAUACCCAUCCCACAGCUUGGGAAUCGCUGGUUUGGAAGUGUCCAUUCUUAGGAUUCAGCUUAACCAUGCAACAGCCACAGUUUGGAGCAUUCUUCGGAGACCUUCAGGUCAGCGUGUUCUCUAAUAUCUGGCCUCUUGUCCAGGAAAAGGCUAAGUGGACCUCCAUGUUCAAAGCUGAGAUACCAGAAAUACGCAUGGCUUUUAGAUAGGUUCAUCUGUGGGGUGCUGGAGGCCAUGACUGGGACUAACGGUCUUGCGGUUUGGCUGGAGCUGUCACUGUGAAUACUGAUACGUGGUUACAGUAUGCUGGAUGCGAAGGAUAAUGAGGGGGCGGGAGACAAUAUGACCUUUUUGUAUUUUGAACUUAAAUAAAAUCCUGUCAGCCUUUUCAGACUA